AUGUCUGAAGUAGGAGGAGCUGGGUCUCCUGGGUCUGAAGACCCAGACGCCUUGGCUGCUGAACUGUUGAGCCGAUUUAUCGGCUACAAACCCCCGAAUCCCCCUUCCAAUGAGAACUCAGCUGAGGAGACGCCUCCCAAGUCUCCAGCUCCUGAUCCAAUCCAGAAAAACGACUCUUCGUUGGAGAUUGUGGUGCCGGACAUCGAUAACUUAAGCGAAUAUGAGUACCUACCAGGCCAUUUCGCUGUCCGGCGCAUCAUGAAAUUGAUUUCGGAAAAUCCCAAGAAGCCUGUUUACACAGUUCGACUUCGAAGCGGAGAACAAGAAACAAUGACGUACAAUCGCCUCAUGGAGCUGGAGAAUAGCUCGCAAGCUCUUGACGAGUUCAAUCCGGAUUUUGGUUCCAGUGACGAUGAGUUGGUUGUCACCGGUAGACGCCGACGCCGACACCGACGCUCACUGCUUUUUUCUGGGGAUGGGGCUGAUUCUUCAGCUUCUGAUUUGGACUCUAAGCCCAACCAUCGCACCUCACGCCGUCGUCGUACUACUGCUCGCCCAACGUACGAUCACUAUUUCCGCAUUGAAAGCGAGAGUGACUCAGAUCAAGGUUCUGGAGACUCUGAAUCUUCGGCUGAUGAACUUGCUGCUCAACAGCAAGGACGCAGAUCCGGAAGGGUUGCUGCAUUGAACCGCCGUGGUGCCUCCACAACCGAUAGAGCGCGCAGAUCAACUAGAAGAGGAAAAUCUUCACGAAGUAUGCGCGAACGAUUGGAGGAUGACUUAUCUGAAGUUGAAAGUGGUGCUUCACGACAAACGAAGUACAGUGGAGCCAGAGAGGUCUUCCGCGAAAUACCACGGGAUGACGAGUUCAGGCUGCGACAUUUUGCCUGCUGUUCUACCUGCAAUUAUUAUGAAGACGAUGAAGAGAAAGGUCCUCUUGUAUUUUGCCAAGGCUGUACUUCUUCCUUUCAUCAACUUUGCCUUGGUCCCCGUGGAAGUCGAGAGCAUCUGGUCACAAAGAUCGACGAAGGAAAUUUUGUCCUUCAGUGCCGCCGCUGUCUUGGUGUCUCUCACGAAAAACAUGAUAUCCGUCCUCAUCUCGGCCGCUGUGCUAUCUGCAGGGAAGAAGGACCAAUGUCCACACCUCUUAGAGAUCGUCUCACUUCAAAGGAGGAACAACAGCUUCGCAUUGAGAAUGGUGGGACAGAUCCUGUUACUUUAAUUGACAUGUCGAUGGCCGAUAAUGCCGACAAUCUUCUUUUCAGAUGCACCAGCUGCCAAAGAGGUUUCCAUAUCGAACACUUGCCGCCAAUGGAUGGCUCGGAUGUCUCGGAAAAUUUUGAUAGAUAUGGCGCACAUUGGCAAUGCCACGACUGCACUGAUGUGCCGGGUGAGAUUGAGGGGUCUACUAGCUUGGCGCAAUCUUCUUAUCCACUGGCUCAGCUUGUCCCAGAAAUUGACAAGGAUUAUCUCAUCAAGUGGAAAACAAAGUCAUAUUUUCGUGCUACUUGGAAGCGAGGAGACUGGGUCUGGGGCCACAGCAAUCAUGCCAUGAUUAGAGCUUUCUACAACUCCCCCAAGGCGUUGAAGCCGAUCUUUACCGCCGAGGAAGCAAUUCCCGAGGAGAACCUGAGAAUCGAUAUUCUUUUUGAGGUAACAUGGAGACCAGACGUCAAAGACAAAGACCGAGAAGAUCCUGAGAUGGUUGAAGAGGUUUACGUGAAGUACAAGGGACUGAAUUAUGAAGACUCUGUUUGGGAGGCUCCCCCAAAGCCACAUGAAACCGAACGAUGGAACGAUUAUGUGGUCGCAUUUCAAGACUGGGUGCGUCGUGAUACCAUUAGACUUCCGAACCGUGCCACCCUCAAACUACAUUUCGAAACCGUCAGAAAUCUGGACUUUGAACACCAGCUGCUUCUGGAUGUUCAACCUGAAAUGUUGACUUCUGGUGAGCUGAUGGAUUACCAACUCGAAGGUGUGAAUUGGCUCUACUACAAGAUUUACCAGCAGAAGAACGCAAUCCUAGCAGAUGAUAUGGGUCUGGGAAAGACAGUUCAAGUUAUCGGUCUACUUGCAACCUUGAUUCGGAAGCAUACUUGCUGGCCAUUCUUGAUAGUUGUGCCCAAUUCGACGGUCCCCAACUGGCGGCGCGAGAUCAAGACAUGGGCACCAGAAAUUCAGGUUGUCACGUAUUUUGGCUCCGCUUUUGCGCGGCAAACAGCGAAAGAUCAAGAGAUGUUCCCGAAUAAUAGCAGAGACCUCCGCUGCCAUGUGGUCAUUGCUUCUUAUGAGAGCAUGAUUGAUGAGGAAGCCAGAAAAGUACUUGCCAGGAUCAAUUGGGCAGCCCUUGUUGUUGAUGAGGGACAUCGCCUGAAGAACGACAAGUCCCAGCUCUAUGAGCGCCUUUCCAAGAUGAAGUUUGACUUCAAAGUCCUUCUCACGGGAACGCCGCUGCAGAACAAUAUUCGGGAGCUAUUCAACCUCAUCCAAUUCAUUGACCCCGAAAGCAAUGCCGAUGAUUUGGAAGCACAAUACGGGCAGCUUACACAGCAGAACAUCCGGGCCCUCCACGAGAUGAUCCGGCCGUUUUUCCUUCGUCGUACAAAGGCUGAAGUGUUGCCAUUUUUGCCACCCAUGGUGCAGAUCAUUGUGCCAGUCUCCAUGUCUAACGUGCAAAAGAAGCUCUACAAGUCGAUUUUGGGAAAGAACCCACAGUUAAUCAGAGCUAUUUGCCAGAAGCAGACUAGCGAGCUGAAGAAGCACGAACGACACAAUCUGAACAACAUCCUCAUGCAGCUUAGAAAAUGUCUUUGUCACCCAUUUGUUUACAGCCGCGAAAUCGAAGAAGUCACGAACGAUCCCAUCCUGGCACACCAACGCCUGGUAGAGGCUUCGGGGAAGUUCCAGUUGUUGAAUCUCAUGCUGCCAAAGCUCCGUGAGCGAGGUCAUCGCGUGUUGAUUUUUAGCCAGUUCCUCGAAAAUCUAGACCUGGUGGAGGACUUUCUUGUCGGUUCAGAUCUGCUUUACUGCCGUUUGGAUGGCAAAUUGGCCGCUCGGGAGAAGCAACAGCAAAUCGACAAGUUCAAUACGCCGGAUUCUCCGUUCUUUGCUUUCCUGCUUUCCACUCGAUCCGGUGGUGUAGGCAUUAAUUUGGCAACUGCUGAUACCGUGAUCAUCAUGGACCCGGAUUUCAAUCCCAAGCAAGAUAUGCAAGCCUUGUCGCGUGCCCAUCGAAUCGGCCAAAAGAAGCCAGUCCUUGUAUUUCAUCUGACUACCAGGUCUUCUGUCGAAGAGAAGAUCAUGGAAAAGGGCAAGAAGAAGAUGGCUCUUGAGCAUGUUCUUAUUGAGCGCAUGGAGGCAGAUGAGGAGGAGGAGGAUUUGGAAUCCAUUUUGCGUCAUGGUGCUCAGGCUUUGUUCGACGAGGAUGAUUCCGCUGAUCAUUACUACGACGCUGAGUCGAUCGACAGACUCCUGGACCGAAGCCAAGCCGAGCAGGCUGAAAAAUAUGAUGCCGAUACCCCUGGCUCAUCGGAUCAACCACAAUUCAGCUUCGCUCGCGUUUGGCAGAAGGAUCGCAAUACUCUGGAAGAGGUGUCUGUGAGUGAAGACAAGCCGGUCGACAUGGAUAUCUGGGAGCAAAUUUUGCGCGAUCGUGAACACGCAGCUCGCGAGGAAGCGUAUCUCAGAGCCGAGAAGCUUGGCCGUGGCAAGAGAAAAAGGCCUGCAAUCAGCUACAAAACUCGAGAGGAAGACCUCAAUGAUCUUGAUAUGGACGUUGAUAAGGACGACAGGAGUUCAUCUGCCCAACCUUCAUCAUUCAAAAAGCGCAAGCCAAACGCAGCUGACAGUGAUGUUGAGUUUCAGCACGACGAAAAUGAACUUUCUGACUCGAAUGACGGGGAGACUCCACAAGAUGACCCGGAUUUUGGCACCCCGCCGCCGAAAAAGACUCGUCCAUUUAGACGUGUUCGGGUUAAUGCCAUUGUCCCUAAUUUCGGCCUCGAUGGUGCUAUGGAUGCAGAUGCAGCUCCACCUAGAGUGUGUAUCGUAUGCAACACGAACCACGAGGUUGGCCGAUGCCCUGUGAAAGAAGCCGGCGUUGAACAUUGCCCACUGUGUGGACUUCCGCACUUAGGAGGACGUCGAAUCUGCCCCCAUUUCCAUUCUCGAGUUCAGAUACAACGAAUGAUGGAUGCGCUGCGUUACAGUAAUGAGAACCCGCAGAUAAUCGCUUCUGCCAAGAGGUACUUGCAGGGUGUACUCAGUCAUCUGACCGUACAAGAACGCAUAUCAUCCUCAAUGCAGCCUUCGACUCUCGCCGCCUCGUCUUCAGCGGGCCCGGUCCAGUAUCAAGUCCCAAUUCUUGGCCUGCAAGCAACUCCAGGUCCAUCCCAGCACCCUCAGAGAAACUUGCCACAGCAGAAUCCCGAGCAGCCGGCUUUGACAUUUGUGCAGAAGUACCCGUCUCCAUAUGUACACACGCACCCACCGGCCGGUCAACUCCCUCGUGCGGAUUAUUUCCUGCAUCAGCCGCCUGUGCAUCAGCAGCAUGUAGCGCAGACUGGGCAACCUCCUCGUGUGGGUUCAUUUGUGAAUCAUCAACCUGUAUCCCGGUUCCAUUUUCCUACCGUCCCACGACCUCUCAAUUCCAAUCGAACGGUUGUUGACUUGACGGGAUCGGAUACAGAGCCUACCACUACCACAUCUUUCUCUGGUGCCCCACGCACUUCUGCUUUUUCUACCCAUCACAACUAUGGGAAUUCCUCGGUUUCUAAGCCUGCAAAUUGA